AUGUCGCUGUUUAAGGUGCGGAACUGGUGGAAAACGCAGUGUCCCACCAUCGGGCCAGCGUACGAUUCCUUUUCAUUGCACUGUGCCCGGCUGUGCAUAGAGGAGGGUGAGAAGGACAGCAUAGUGGUUGGGUCGCAUUCCGGUCAGCUAUGCAUCUACCGUCCAUCGGGAGGAACCACCAACCUGCCGGAUCUCGAUGCGGAGGACGCAGAAGGACAGCUGAAUCAAAAUUCCGCACCGAACGAACCGUUCGAGAACGUGUUCCAACACGCGGAUGUCAUCCUGGAGGUGCAACUUGCGUUUCCUGUGCUGGCCAUUGGCAGUGGAAAGUUUACCACGACGAAUAAAACCGACCCCCGAUUGCAGCUGGCCGUAUUGCACCCUACGAAGCUGUGCAUCUAUCAAAUCGUGACGAUAGACGGACUAGCGGAUCAUGGUGACCAUACGCUGCUCGUUACACUCUGCGACCAUCCACUCUCGCAACCAGCCUUCUCCCUGUGCCAUGGCCCGUUCGGUGGUGUGAAAGGACGCGAUUUUCUUUGCGUGCAGCAUUUGGACGGUUCGCUACGGUUCUUCGAGCAGGACGGUAUCAGCUACGAACGUACGUUGGCCACCGAUCGGCACAUACCUUCGCCGGUACACUAUUUGCAGCGCGUUGAUUGUUUCGUGACGGUUGCACCGAGCUGGGUGCUGGAGUGUUACCGCUAUCAGGACAUUGCCGAAGCACUCGAAUCAUUGCGCCGUCACGAUCCGAUCUGGUCGCUGUGCGUUGGCGAGUAUGCGCUCGAUCUGCAGGUGCAUCAAAUAUCCAACAACGAAUCCGUCAUCGUGAUAUUGGGUGAGAACAAUGUGCUGUGCGUGUCCGAUACGGGUAAGGUGCGGUUUAUCAAAAAGCUUGACUACUCACCGAUCUGUUUCCACACCUUCGUCACUGGUUGGUACUGGGAACCCGGUGCACGAUUAAUGCUGGCGGUUGUUUCCGAAAGUGGAUCCUUGCUGCUGUACGAUAGCGAUCAAAUCAUCUGGUCAGCUCAGCUGGCUGACGUCCCGGUGGCAAUCAGCCGCGCUAAUGUAACAGGGCUCCCAGGCGCACUGGUCACACUCGGUGCCACCGGAUCUCUCACGAUCGGAUAUCUCGGCUCGGAACCGCAGCUGUUUCGCGUACCGGCCCUCAACCUAGCACCGUUCGAGAUUGCUCGCUGCCAAAUGGAACUGCUGGAACUGGAACGAGAAAUACGUGCCGGAGUGGAUCCAAGUGACGCGAGCAUUGCCAACGCGGCUGCCGAAAGGGACGUCAAGGUGGUCGUUACCAUCGGUGAGGAAACGAUCCCCUGCACCCAUCCGACAAACAUUCCCCCGGGAGUGGCCACUGAAAUGUGCCAACUGAGUGUGACGGUCCAGGUGGAACCGAAACUCGAGGUACUGCAGCUUACCAUCACCACAGAUCUGGCUGUUGGGUGCUCGAAGGUGGCGUACCUGUUCCGAGAUGUGGUAGCACACAGCACGGAACGAUUUGACGUGUGGGUAUAUCCUGCCGAGCAGACGCUACCAGCCACACGCACGGUAACCGUGUACUGCUCCUACACCAACAAGCAAGGCAUCACGAGGGUGUUGCAGAAGGAAAUUCUGCUACCAUUGAAGCUAUUCCUCAAACCAUGCCAACCUUCAAAGGAAGCACAGUACAAACUAACCCUGUCAGUAGUUAGUAGCACACCGCAAAAUAAUGCCGUUGGUGGAUUGGGACAAUUAUUUCCAGAGUUUACCUCCGAUGGCAGCAGUACUACCAGUGCACUUGGACUGCAACCAAUAGGAGCUGGAGAUGGACGUAGAGUUACGAUAGUAGCGGCCAAAAACACGAACCGUUUUCGCAUUCAAUCUGACGAGCUUGGCAUUAUUGCGCUAGUAUUGGAAUGCCUCAUCGGUCGUCUACAAGGGGAACGAGACUCCGAAUCGGAUGGAUCCUACCGAAAAGACGCGUGCAAAGUAGCUAUCAGUGGAGUCCCAUCAAUCAGUGGACUACUGAGAUCGUUGCAAACACAUUGUGAAAUAAGAAAAGCAGUAAAGCAACUAGAGCAAGAGCUGGAGAUCACCACCGGACAGAUGCGUUUGUUCGAGCGCCGGUUUGUCGUCAAGCUACAGGAACGCUCCUUGCGUGCCCUCGACGGUAUAUUAAUGCUGCUCAAGCGAAAUCACAGCUCGGUGGCCAAGGUUUGUCUACAGCUUAAGACCGCACGUCAUAAGAUGAAACUAGCUCAGAUUGAUUUGGCCGCCAUUUUACACUUGUUUCACCUGUGCUACACUCAUACGGCUAACGCACCUUCCGGCGCAAAACAUCUCGAUCAUCUCACGGGACUUCUAAGACACUCCGUCAUCGACAGUACUGAGCAAUGCUACGAGGAAAUGUUGCUUCCCGUGGUACGAUUUUUAGACCAGACGGGUCCACUGAAAAACACUAGCGAGCAGCAGGACACUUUCGAUGACGCAUUCUUCUACACCGCCAAACAAAACGAACGUGGUGAUGUGGAUGUUACGAUCCAUAGUGAACUGCUGCAGAAGCAGCUUCAGCGUCUCCUAGGGCGGGUUAAUGAUCGUUUCGUUACCACGGCAAAGGUAUCCGGAAGCGGCAGCGGCCGGAACAGUGUCGACUUUGAGGAUCAACCACUGCCGGAAGCCCAUAACGAAGAGACGGAAGAGGAGGAUGAAGAUAAUCGGAUCGACAAUCGAGCGGAUUCCGAUUUCCCGAAACUUGGUUCCAACGCUAGCGAAUGGGUGAACUACGAAAAAAUGUCUGAUUUACCACUGUAA